AGCACGGGAAGCCGUAGGCCCUACAUGGCUGAACCACCGCACUGCCACCAGCGUCCCAAGGCCCAUUUCCCCUCACAGCCGGGCCCGGUGAAUCCCCCGCUAGCCCUAGUUAAGGUAUUUAGGCACGCAGCGCAAACAGGCACGCCGUGUUACGCUGUGAAAUGCCGCUGGUUCCGCGUAGGCGCAACGCUCGCACGGCGCUCACCUCUCCGCACGGCCGCCAUGCCGGCCCCCUCCCCCGCCACCCGCCAGUCCUCCAGCAUCCCGGCAGCCCCCGCGCCGCGGCCGUUCGUGCCGCCCCGCCCCUCUCCCUUCGGCUGCGAUCGGAGCGCUCGGCCCGGUUCGGUCGCUUUCGGGCGGCUUCGGGCAGUGCCCGUUCGGGAGCCGCCGUUCGGGACGGCGAAAGGGAAUUCGGGCGCGCUCGGAAAAGGUUCGGCACAUCUCGGCUUUCCUCGCGACCGCCUCACCCGCCUUCGGGCGGGAUCGGAAAAGACUCGAGCGGACUCGGGAUUCUUCGACCCCGCGGGCCGGACCGCUCGGGGACUCGGCCCUGUUCGGGCGGGCUCGGGAGCUGUCAGGUAUCGCUUCGGGCCGCGCCGCCGCGGCCUCGGCCGCGUCCUGCGCUGCGAUUGGCCGCCGGCAGGAAGCGCGGGCCCGGCGCCUCGGGACCCGCCGAGCCCCUUCGGACGAGGCCUGAAAGGACUCGGGACACUUCGGGCCGCAUCGGAAACGCUCGGUUCGACCCGGGGAGCGCACUCGGAAACGCUCGGCACCGCUCGGCGGGAGCGCCCGAGCGACCUCGGAGCAUCGCCCCCCCCACCCCGGCGGCGCUCGGGGGGGAGCGGCAGGGCUCGGGGCUGCUCGGGCCGGCUGGGCCCCGCUCCCCCCCCAUCGCGUCCUCGCAUGGAGGACGCCGACUCGGCGGCCAAGCGGCUGGGCUUAGCGGAGGCGGUGGCGGCCGCGGUGGCGGCGGCGGCGGCAGAACCCGAGCGGCAGCAACCGCAAGGCUCGGAGGGGAAGGCGGAACGGCGGGAGGAGGUGACGGCCGUGACCGUGAUGGCGGCGGACGCCGAGCACAUCGAGAUGGGCGCCGAGCCGCUGCCCAGCGCCGACGAGGCCGCCGCGUUCGCAGAAGUCACCACAGUGACAGUGGCCAACGUUGGUGCCUCUGCAGACAACGUGUUCACCACAUCCGUGGCAAACGCAGCAUCCAUUUCGGGACACGUGCUGUCUGGGAGAACGGCCCUCCAAAUUGGGGACAGCUUGAAUACUGAGAAAGCCACUCUCAUAGUUGUUCACACAGACGGCAGCAUUGUGGAAACCACGGGGCUGAAGGGGCCAUCAGCACCCCUCACACCAGGACCGCAAUCUCCUCCUACCCCUUUAGCAACUGUCCAAGAAAAAACUGGAACCAAGUAUAACUGGGACCCAUCUGUGUAUGACAACGAGCUCCCAGUGAGGUGCCGAAACAUCAGUGGGAUUCUGUACAAAAACAGACUUGGCUCAGGAGGCCGUGGUAGGUGCAUUAAGCAAGGGGACAACUGGUACAGCCCCACUGAAUUUGAAGCUAUGGCAGGACGAGCCAGCAGCAAAGACUGGAAGAGGAGCAUUCGCUAUGCUGGGAGGCCCUUGCAGUGCCUUAUUCACGAUGGGAUUUUAAAUCCUCACGCUGCCUCUUGUACUUGUGCUGCCUGCUGUGAUGACAUGACUCUGAGUGGACCUAUUCGCCUCUUUGUACCAUAUAAACGACGAAAAAAAGAAAAUGAAAUGUCUGCAAAUCCAGUCAAGAAGGAAUCCUCCAAAAAUAUCACUCUGCUUCCUGCCACAGCUGCUACUACAUUCACCGUGACUCCUUCUGGACAGAUCACUACCUCUGGUGCUCUCACCUUUGACCGCACGUCGACGGUGGAAGCCACAGCAAUUAUCUCAGAAAGUCCAGCCCAGGGGGAUGUUUUCACAGGAGCCACUGUUCAGGAUACCAACGUCCAGCAGCCGUGCCGGGUCACUCACCCGGAGCCUCACUACCCAGCUUACCAGGACAACUGUCAGAUUUCACCUUUCCCUGAAGCUGCGCUGCCGACAUCUCAUCCCAAAAUCGUGUUGACCCCAAUCCCUGCCCUGUCGGUGCCCCCCCAGACCCCCACCAAAGCCAUAUCCCCAGCAGUGGUGAACGGGCUGGAAGUAACAGAACAGCGGAGCUGGCUCUACUUGGAAGAGAUGGUCAACUCACUGCUCAACACGGCGCAGCAGCUCAAGUCUCUCAUCGAGCAGGCCAAGCAGGCCAGCUCCUCCUUCCGUGAGGCUGCUGUCACACAAGCCAAGAUUCAAGCUGAUGUGGAGAGAAAAGAGAUGCCCAGCUGCUGCUGUGACUUUGAGAGAGGCUGGAGAGGGGCAGUGUACUGUGAGACUCCUGCCCUUGUGGACAGCUGAGGAACUCCCUUUCUGUUGCUGUUACAUUAUUGCUAAUGUCAGCUUUCCACUGAAUUCAUGGCAGGAGUGUGCAGCAAGAGGCCUUGAAGAAAUGCGUGUGGGAAGAUUUUGCUGAGAAUCCUAUGACAUUCCCUGUAGCAGCUUUGAUAUUCUUUGCCACGUUGUCACUGCUAAACUCUUCUGUACACUGCAUCCCUGAUGUGCAGGAGUGUGAGACUCUGGGAGUCUCAUUCUCCCUUGCCUUCAGUCUGGAUAGAGUGGUAAUUCAUGCUGCUGUCCAGAUUUGGGCUGCUAAAAGCUUUGUAGAUUGUGGGACAGCACAAAAUUGGAAGCUUUGACAUUUUAUAGAUAGACAUCUUACUUUGUUUAACUUUACUCUCUGCUCGUCUUCAGUUUACAUGCUGUCAUCCCCUCUGUUUAUCCUUACAGAGCUUUCUUGAAACAGUGUUUCAGAAUCCAUUCCUCUCACCCUCUGAUCCAAAUCCAGCUCACUUCAGUGUGUAUUUUCUUGCCUGAGGAACAGGACUUAAAAUCACUCUUCAGUAUUGAUCUUUAAGUGCUGACUUCACAAGGGAAGGAUGAGCACAUGCUUAUUUCUGGAGGAAGUCCUUUUCCCUGUAACUAUUGAAUUCCUAAUUACUCUCUUCAUGAGUCUUACCACUCUUAUUUUGUAAUGGGUUCCCCUUGGUUGCAGUGUUAUUUUUUAAAAUGUCCAAAUAAUAGUUUUCAAGCUUGCUGCUGUGUGCCAGCAGCUAGGCAAUCCUGCAGGUUGCUAUUCUAAUCCAUUCCAGUGAGUUCCAUGUUUUUUGAAAAAUGAGUUUUCUGGGUACACACCUGACAUUGCAAGCAGUUACAGUAAAUGCUGAAUAAUCUCCUGUCUGCUUUUGUGUUGGUCAGAGUUGUUUUUCCAAUUUUGUGAAUGCUUCCAUGGUUUGCAACAUAUCUUUUUUCCUUUUUGUCUCUGGUCCAGCCACUUCUUUUGUCUUUUAAGUUGUAUGAGGGGGAGAAAGAGGUGUCACCCUACUUUGGGACCCAUUUAAUACACAGUUGUGCCACUAUGUUUCUACAAAUUUAGAAUUGAAAGGUUGUAUGGGUGUAUCUGAGCUGCAGAGCAAAGGCUUUACAGCAGAUUAAAUUAUAAUAGUGCUGUAGACUCAGUUCUUCCUGGAAGAGUGACUGCAUACAGAGCAGGAUUAAUGAAAUCUGUUAGUGGGAGCAAGCUUGUUCCCAACUGUAUACACAAACUUCAAUGCCAUCACUGCAAAUAAUAUGUAUGUUUGGUUUUCACAUCAGUGCAGACGCUCAGCAUCCUGUUUCUUGAGGAUAUUGAGUUAAAGAGCUUUUGAUCCUGUAACUGUCUGCAUCCCUCCCUGCUAAGGAGUGGUGCCCUCUGGCAGAACAGCGAGGCAGAGGGCUCAGAACAGCACAGCCUUCACCUGCCCUUCGGAGAGAGUGGCCCCAAGUUGUACUCUCUAAUGAUAGCAUUAGGUGCUUGUGGGAGUUACAGAGCUCUGAAAGGUGAGAGGUAGGCUUUUUCCCCAAGCUUUCCUAGAGCAGAAGAGGCGUUCAUGCUGCCUGUGGACUUUUGUUGUUACCUGUGAAGUCAAAGAGCAGGCAUCACUCUUUCAUCCUGCUCCCAUUUGAACACUGAAGAUUCCCCUUUUCUACAAGAUUUUGAAGGUGGAAAUGCCAACAUCAGAGAGUAGCUGCGACAGGAAGAGGAUUUGCUAAAAGUAGCAAAUGAGAACCGUAAUAAAUUGUAAGUGCAGCAUAACUUAGAAGCAUCGAUUAAUUUUGCAGAUUAAUUGCAUUUCCAAAUGCAUGGUCCUACCUAGAGACAGCAUCUUCAAAAGCAACAGAGGUGCUGAAUUGGGAAGCAUUGAGUACUUAGGGUUGAGCUGCAGAGAAGUGGAAUAUAAAAGCCUGUCUUUGUAUAAGAUUAGAAAAAAUAUCCAAAAAUACACUUGUCAGAUGUAAACGAAUGGAAAAUAUGAGAUGAUGUAACUUGGAAGUCCCCAUGUGCUCUAUUGCUAUUUUUUGUCCUUUUUAAUUUCUGUAUGUAACAUAAAAAAGGAUUAGGAUAGGGUCUCUGAGUAAAAAAAGUUGUAGAAAGGCACCAACCAGUCAAGUCCUUGAAAUAUGUACAGUUUGUAACCCCAAAAUCUACAGUUCCAGUAUUUGUGAGAGUAUCUCCUUUGCGAUCAUUUCUUUUAAAAUAGAACUGUUCCUGGAGCCUAAGGAAGAGGCUGAAAAAACCUUUCACAUUGUAUGUGCUGUCUGCAACAUCUCAUGUGACUCUUGAUGAUGACAGCUCCUUAAUUAACGAGCAGAGCCCUCACAGAAUUGGUUCAGACACAAAACGGACUCUGUUUGAGAAAUGUGGAUGCCAUAAACCUUGUGCUUUCAGUGAGUAAACAUGCAGCUGGUGCUCAGCCUGUGUGUGGCUUUGUGCUGGCAGGGACACCAAGUGUGUCCAUCAAUAACAUUGAUGUUAUCUGGAAGUUUUGAGGAGUGAUGUCCUAAAAGAAAACCAAGCCAUAAGCUCUCCAGCUCAGUUUAUCUAAAAUGCAUCAUUACACAAAAUUAAAAUAUCAAAAUACUUGUAGGCUUUAUAGAAUUGCAGCAUUUUGCAUGGGAUUCACUAAGUACAGCUGCUGUGUCAGAACUCUGCACAGCUGUUCAGAGAGUGCUCUCCUCUGUUGUAAUUAAAUAGCUUGUAGAUCAGGAUAUUGGAUCCUUUGGCUUCUACUGGGAUUUUGGUUUUACUGCAGUUCUUAAUUAAGGGAGAAAAAAACAAUUAGGAAGAGGGUGUAUGGGGCAAGAAAGGCUUAGGAUUGCUUGGAAAAGAUGUUUGCCCACUGUAGGAUUGGCCCCAAAGGAGCAGAGUAAAGACUGUACUUUACACAAAGAUCUUUGGAAAUGUAAUUUCUUCUGAGAGUGCAUUAAGCUGUUGUUUGUAUUAGAUAAACUUCAGAAGGGGGAGAACACAUGAACCCACCAAGUUCUGUGCUGUAGGGUACAGCUGGAGGAUGCAGAUCUUCAGUACAAAGAUAAAAAAAAAUCAGGGUUGAAAUCUGACAAGUGUUUUAAUUGCAGUUGUCAUCUUGUUGUGAUGUGGUGAUGCCUGCGGAGCCCUGUCCAUUUGAAAACAAAGUGGAAGAUUAAAUCUGUUAACAGCUGGGCCAUCUGAAUUAUUUUUUAGACAGAUUAGAACAGUUCAGGGCUGGAGAGUAUGAAAUUAAUCUAAAAAGGAUCGGGCACUUAAGAAAAGUAGUUCUGGUAAGCAAGCAAUGACAUCCUCCAAAGCAGCUAUGGAAAUGGUUGAGAGCUGGGGCUCAUCAGUUUGCUGGAGAUGGUUUUGCAAGAAAACCAUCUGCGUGUGUUUACUUGACUGUCUUUGUUCCCAAUCCUUUCCCUUCUCCACAGUUUUUCAAUGAAGUGACUGAUUUGCAGUGUGGGCCAGGCAGAACCAGAGGGCUCAGAGAUAAAAAGGAGGUAGAAGGGAGUUACGUUUCCAUCAGCAGGAUUUGGGGACCCAGAGCAGAACUGAAGGGGGUCUGACAAGCACAGGAGGUGGCUGGACUUCUGCUCGGCUUCCUUUCUCUUUGGCAAUCCCACUGGAAAACAGGAUGAGCCACAUUUAUGGGAGGAUGCAAUGGACUCUGGAGCUGUGGCAGCUCUCAGAACUGGAAUUCUGCAUCUUCCGCCCAAUAACUAUCUCUGUGCAGGUGUCACAGAGGGGCUGUAUUUGCAGGGUAUAUUUAUGCAGAGAUUUUCAAGAAAUGCUGUCUCACAGUGCUUUGGCAUCUGUGCAUGCACUCUCCUCACCAAAAAGAAGUUUAAAAACACUGUACAGUGCAUGUGCUGUCUCGCUAAUAAGCUUGAUCUUGGCUAUUUGUCUAAUUGUGGUAGAACCAGAUCAUAGCUCCUGCACCAGACAGCAAGAGGUUUCCCUACCUCCACCUCCAUCUCCCUGAAGAGCAUUUUCAUCUCAACUUUGUGUCAUGGUAACAAAAAGGUUCUCAAGGUUGCAGUUUCACAGGAGAAUAAAUACUGAGAUGUCAGUUCAUGGAGGCACUUAAAUUAAGCCUUUCAUCUCCUUACAUGUUGGGUCAUAUCACUCCUUGAUAAACCUGCUUUGCCUGAAAGUGAGGGUUUUUUUCCUUACUUUCUAACUGUUCCUCACGGAGUUUAAAUCAGGUUUAGCACGUAACCUAAAUCAGGGCUAGUUUUGCAUCCCUUUGUGUGAGCACUUUGCCUCUCAGCAGCCCUGGCUGUUGAGCAUGGCAGGACAAGGUGCAGGAGCACCGAGCUGGACUUGAUUUGCAGCACACCCAGAGUAACUUUAAAAUUCACCUUCAGAGAGCUGUUUAGUGGAUAAGCUAUCUGAAAGUCCUAUCAUCUUUUUUUUAAAAGGAAGAAUAGUCAUUGUGUUUUAUGUUGUUUUUGAAGUCUUGGGUGUGUUAAUUUUGUCUUGAUUUUUUUCUUCUAACCCAAUCUCAUACCUUCUGGGCUGUUCCACCUCACAGGAUUCUCACAUGCCUGUUGGUGGAUCAGGAUCACAAGGCUCGACUUGUAACUUUGCCCAGGAAGAUGGCAUGUGGCCCUAUUUCCUUGGCAUUUUCCUUGGGUUUCCUUUGCUAACUUGUCACUGUCUCUUGUGGGAUGCAGUUCCUUGUACACAGUGAAGCCACAUGUUUUAAGAUUGGAUGAAGUAAGGUUUGAAUAAAUGUACUUAACUGACAGUUUGUCAGCUUGUUACGCCUGGCUUCUUCACCUGAGUCUGCACUGUGACACACAGUCCCUCUCCUGUAAGGGAGGAGUGAGGUUCCCUUUGGUCCUCACAGAACUGCAUGAACCCUCCAUACAGACCUCACUUUUCAAGCCCUUGUUGCAUACUCUGGCUGUGAAAUGACACGCUUGCUGUGUUUUUUCC